CUAUUCAAAUGCAUUGCGUAUUCAAUUAAUCAGCCAGUUGGAAGCAGAAGAGUGAAUUGCAUUUGUUUUAGAAGCAAUGGAACGUUGGGUGAAUCGAGUUGCUGUAGUCACAGGUGCCAGUUCUGGCAUUGGCGCUGCUGUUGUCAAAUAUCUUGCAAAUAACGGAUUGGUUACCGUCGGCCUAGCACGACGCAAGGAGCGUGUCGAAGCACUGCGGGAUGAAGUUAACGCUGAGGCACGUAAACGAAUUCACGCCAUUCAGUGUGAUGUGCAAAGUGAGGAGCAAGUAAUAGCCGUUUUCAAGCAGAUCGAGAAAACAAUUGGGCCAGUUGCUGUGUUGGUCAACAACGCGGGCGCCCUACGAUCCACCACCACAUUACUGGAAGAAGGCAAUUCUCAAGAUGUACGAGAUGUCGUCGAUACAAAUAUUAUGGGCGUGGUUUACUGUACACGAGAGGCCUUUCGCUCGAUGAAGGCAAAUGGUGGAGACGGGCAUAUUUUCUUGAUUAAUAGCAUAGUUGGGCACUAUGUGCCGAUAUGUCCGAACACUACUUAUAACAUUUAUCCUUCGACAAAACACGCAAUCACCGCAAUAACAGAAAUUUAUCGGCAAGAGCUUUUGAACCAAAAAACAAAUAUUAAAAUUACUAGCAUUAGUCCUGGUGCUACGGAAACUGAGAUGAUUACGGAAAGUAUACACAAAAUGAUACCGAACUUGGUGUGUCUUAAAUCGGAAGAUAUUGCCGACGCUUUGGUUUACUGCCUCCAAACGCCGCCACAUGUGCAAAUCCAUGAACUGAUAAUCAAACCUAUGGGUGAACGGUUAUAAGUUGAACAUCCGUGAAAAACGCUUGAGAGAUGCUUAAAUGCAUGAGUUUCUAUAAGUGAAUAAAAAAUUAGAAAGAAAUACAUCACGUUGCAUAA